AUGGCCACCUUGCUAUGCGACCCUGUCGGCCCAGAUGCCAAGAGUCAUGCGCUGAGCCGCACAGAGCGGAGGAAGCUUAAGGUGCAGGCCAGAACAGAUGCUCUAAAGCCAAUGCAGCAGAAGCUCCAGUCGAAGGACCCGGCCGAGCAACUGGAAGCUGUUGACGAGUUGUUUCUACAGUUUGAGAAAACCUCGCUGGACACACUGCUUGCAGCUGAUCUACUGCCCUGGGUUCUGCAAUUGAGUCAGGAAAGCACAAACCUGGAGCUCCAAACGCAGGUGCUUUGGGCUUUAUGCCGCUUUUCAGAGGGCACUCCUGAGCAAACACGGUGCCUUGUGGAACAGGGCGCCCUGCAGCGCCUAAUGCCACUCUUAACCGGUCCGCCGCGCACGCAGGAGCAGGGCAUCUGA